UCAAGAGCUAGUCUCUCGUUUUCCCACUUUUAACGUUUUAACGCAUUACUACUAUUAUCGUCUUUUGAUUCCAAAUCACAUCAACAACAAAUCAGCAAACAUGGUUUCCAAGACCUUCAUCAUCGCGGCUAUGAUCGCUUACGUUCAGGCCCGUUUCGGUCAGGAGCAAGUCCCCAUCGAUGCCAUCAGCAGUGUUCAGGGUGGUGAUGGUGGUGCCGCUGCUACUAUUGCUGGUGCGGCCAUCUCUGACCUUCUCGGUGGAGCAAACUCUUGCGAUAAGCUCGUCCGUGCUGAUCAGAUCUUCACCGAACUCGGUGGCGGUGCUGAUGCCCUUGCUGCUGCCAUUGGCAUGGUGACUGCGGAGAAGAACACCAACCCCUUCGCUGGCGGCAACGCACAGAACGUCUGUGGCGAUGCUUCACUUCCGGCUACUGCUGAACUCCGUGGUAUCACUCCUCUCAUCGACCCUGAUGUUGAUGUCAACGGUGAUGCUGCGGCCCUUAGCGCGAGCAGUGCCGCUUCCCCUCUUGCUGCCGAUGGUCUGAGUGUCUUUGAUCUCAUGGACCAGGCUGGUCUCGGUGACCUCGUCGUCAGCCAGGCUUCGGCUGGUGGUGCCGGUGCUGCCGCUGGUGGUGCUGCUGCCGCUGGUGGUGCUGCUGCUGCGGGCGGUGCUGCUCAAGGUGGCAACCAGGCGGCUGCUGGUAACAACGCCAACGCUGGUAACAAUGCCAACGCUGGUAACAAUGCCAACGCUGGUAACAAUGCCAAUGCUGGUAACAAUGCCAAUGCUGGUAACAAUGCCAAUGCUGGUAACAAUGCCAAUGCUGGUAACGGCAAUGCUGCGAACAACGGCAACGCGAACAACAACCAGAACAACAACCAGAACAACAACGCCAAUGCUGGUAACAACAACAAUGCUGCGGCUGGUAACAACAACGCUGGCAACGACAACGCAGCUGACAACCAGCAAAAUGCUGGAAACAACGCUGGAAACAACGCUGGAAACAACGCUGGAAACAACGCCAACAACCAAAACAACAACCAGCAAGAUGCCGCCGCCGGUAACGACAACGCCAAUGCCGGCAACCAGAACAACAACAACGCCAACGCCGGUAACAACGCAAACAACCAGCAAGACGCUGCCGCAGGAAACAACAACAACAACGCCAACAACAACGCUGGUGCCGAUGCCGGUGCAGAUGCUGGAGCCGACGCAGGCAACGCAGCAGCAGGAGGUGCCGGCGGCGCCGAAGACUUCGGUCUCUGCACGCCCACCAUUACCUUCCAAGGCGGCGAGAACGGCCGCGCCGCCGACGAAUUCACCUUCCAGAUCGCAGACCCCCUCGCCCGCGGCGGUCAAGGCGAAGCCCUAAACCCGGACAUCAUCACCAACGCGCUCUGCAACCAGCUGACCAACGUGUGCGAGGCCAAUGCGGCUGCUGUAGCUACCUGCGAGAGCGCUGCUGCGGCUGUCCAGGGUGGAGACAGGAACAAGGCGCUUGCUGAUCAGUUCAACAGCCUUGUGGGCUUCCCUGGUGCGGUUACCAACCCUGAUGGCGGCGCCGAGGAUGUGGGUGCUGCAGCUAAGGGCAGGAAGAUGCGCAGGGGACUGAGGUUGUAGAUGGAGAGAGUGAGGGGGUUAUGAUAUAGAAGAUGAGUAUGAGUAUGAGAUGAGAAGAUAGAAGUGGGAGGAGUGCUCUGAUUGAGAUAUGG